AUGAACCCCGACAGCGGCAUCGACUACCUAUCCCGUCAACAUGCCAAUAUGGGCAAGUCCUCAGCCUUUGUGUCCCCUUGCACGAUGGCACAGCGUCAAGCCAUACUCGCUUCGCUUCUGACACCUGCAGCAACUCAUUUCUGCUUCCGAGCCGAUCAACAAGAGGCUCUCCGUCUAUUCUCUCUCUCUUCCGUCCUUGUCCGGCGAGUCGCCAAGUUUGCGCUGUUCUGCGCCCCCCUGGCGCCGCCAUCGCCGCCCCUCGUGUCACUGUCGUCAGUCGUCACCCAUUCAGCCCAUGGGCAUCUGCAUAUUCAUUGA